AUGGAAGCAGCUAUGGGUGUCUCUAAAGGGCGCAAGGGUCCUAGACCCCCUCUUUCAGGGCCAAAUAUGUCGAACGGUGUUGAUCAAGCAGGAUUUAUUGAUAUCAACUAUGAAACUCCAAUAAAUCAGCAAUCACAACCAUUGCCCAAUUCAUAUCCAGAGAUGAACGGUUACCCUCCACACGGGUAUCCAGUACGAGGUCACCCCCAAUACCCACCAAUGCCUAAACAGGGAAUACCACCAAGCCAAGGCGCAAAUAUGUACAUGAACUCUAAUGGCAGUAGUGUUUCCACAUACUCACAGAUGUACCACAACCCAAGUGCUGCUGCUUCUGGAAUGAGUUUUGGUGGCAACACUGGUGGAGUUGGAAGCGCAGGCCCAUACGGUCGGACCCCUUACGGGAGUAGUGCUAAUAAUAGACCCAGGGCCCAAAGAAGAAAUUCAAACUCUUCGAUAAGUACUAAGUCCGUGAAUAAUUUUGUGAAGAAACAAUGGAAUAGGUUUGGCAAUAAAGGAUCAGCGGCUAGCAUCAAAGAUGAAGAGGAGGAUGAUGGCGGCAUAGAAGUUGAUACAUCACAAAAUGAAAUUUCAUUUGAUGAUUUGGCCCAUAUGCGAGGAGAUACGUUGGGUUCCUUCAAUUUGAAAGAUUCGACACCAUACAUACCUACUCUGAAGGUUAGUAUGAAUCCAUCAAAGAAAAUGACGGGUGAACAGUAUCGAAAGAUACAAAUGGCAAACAAAAAGAAUAAAGCCGUAAGCUUAACUAGGCAUCAGGAACUGAUGCAAGCACAGUUUAAGCAACAGCAACAGGAGCAAUUACAACAGUUUCCAGCAAAUGGUCCUCCACGUGCUAUGAGUUUACAGAGAAACCCAAAUGGAUAUUUAAGAGGCCCUCCUCCACCGAAUAUGCCUCAUCUGCCUUAUCCGCCUAAUCCUGGAAUGCCUCCGCAAGGUCUCCCACAUGGGUAUGGUUAUUCUCCGAUGGGACCUUAUCUAGGCCCACCACAGGGAUAUCCGCCAGUGCCCCAACAGUACGGAUAUCCACCUGUUGGACCGAGGUCUAUGUCUAUGCAGUCCCAAAACACCAUGCAGCGUGGUUACCCGGGUCCUUUAUUCAAUCCACAGAAUCAACCUCCUAUCCCAACAUCUGAAACAACAAACAUGCCCAGGUCUUUUUCAAAUCAAUCAGGACCUGGUGGAAUUCGUUCUCAAACCAACAACAACUUAGAGAAUGCCAAAGAGGCUGAAAAUAAGCCUAGGGUGCCUGUUGAGGAAAAAAAGCCUAAGAAAGUAACCAAAAUCGAUUUUUCGACUUUUUCGGAUGAUGAUGAUGAUAGUCAUGGUGUAAACGAUACUACCACUCUUACUAGUGCUAAUGUUAAGGAUUCAAAUAAGAGAGAGAUUAAUGAGAAUAACAGUAGUAAAGGGGUUGUCUACUCGGAGGAGGACCCAGAAGAAGAAGACCAAUUUGAUCCUAAACAUGAGUCUCCUGUAAAGGGUCAUUCGAGAAGGGCGGACGGAAGAGCUGGUGCAGAUUCGGUUGUCACAUUUGAGUCUUUCAAUGCGUCUGAGCAGAAAGCUAACCAAAAUGCACUUUAUGGUACAACGAACUCCACUCAGCAAACAGUCUUCUAUUCAGCGAGUGAGUUUCCCACAUCUGAUGACAACCAACAGAGAAACAAGAUUAAACAACUUAAAAACAACUCUUCCAAACUUAAUCUCAGUGAAAUAAACGAUGAAAUUGAUGACGUGACUCAAAGGUUAUCGGAUUUUCCCGGUGAUGAAACUAAAGUUCAUGACAAGAGCAAUAGAGAUUCUGUUGCUACUAGCAAAUCGACACAGCCAUUACACUUUGAUAAUGAACCUGCUGGCAAAAGCAUUUCGAAUGAAUUGCAACAACAACACCAGCAUAAACCCUUGCUUUCACCAUCUCCUGUUUCUACUGUUGGAAUUAAUAAAAACAUGGUUGAUAUGUCUCUGAAGCUGAAAUCACAAGAGUCACUACAGGGAAAAACUGUUAAAGAUAACAAAACGAAUCACAAUCAACUAUUUCCUAUACCGUCUAGAACCAACCUUAUUACCCCUCCAUCAAGUGCUUCGCUGUUAUUAGAUGGUAGAUCAGCGAAAAGCAAGUCUGCUGAUUUCGAUCCACAGACGCCAGUAUCCACGUAUUCUAUACCAACCAGCGCCUUUACGGCCGAACAAUUCGGCUUACUAAAUGAUAAUCAAUCAUUGUUACAGGAAUUAGAGUUGGUAACUACUGAACUUGCCUCGUCUGUAUCUAGAGAAAUUCAGCUUGAAGAUACGCUAAGGCGUGGUGGUAGCGAGGUAGACGUCAAUAUCUCGCAAGAAUUUAAAUUAGAUCAUGUGAUCAUUGAUGAUGAUAAAGUAGAGAUUAAGCCAGAGGCAUAUAGAAAUUCCAGAGAAUAUGCCAAAACAUUAACGGCGUUAGCAAAACAGUUGAACGAUGAGCGCAAGAAAAGAUAUACCAUUGAGGAGAUGUUGCUACAAUAUCAAGAAUCGUCUAAUUUGCCAGACACCCAGCGUCAAUUACUCUACGAGGAAAAACAAAAUGUACGUCAGCUUAAUGACCGUGUAAACGACUUAUUAGAGAAUGAGAAACUAUACCGUAGUGAUAAGGAAUUAUUAGAAACGGAAAAUGAGGCAUUGAAGUUCGAAUUAGAGGAGGUAAAGAGGAAAUAUAAAAAUAUUGAAAAUCAGGUCAUUCCUCAGAUGCAAGAUCGGUUGAAUUUCUUAGAAGCUUUUUAUGAGCAACAAAACCUAAAUAUGUAA